CACAGAGAGAACUAUUUAGGGAAUUCCCUCAUGGGGCCGGUGGGCCGGUGGCAGAAAGGGAAGGAUUUGUCGUGGUACGCCAAAGAUAAGAAGAGCGGCGCGUCUCUGUCUAAAGAGCAGGAGAUGGCAGUGGUGCGAGAGGCGGAGCACGAGGUCAUGUUAGCAACGCUGGGUCAUAAAACAAUCAAGAGACAACCAACUGGCCUUACCAAAGAGGAUCUUGCAGAUGUGUGCCGGACGGAAGGGGAGGCGGAUGAACGGGACACGGUGGACAGGGCCUCUGGGCUCGGAAGCUCCAGCACCACAAAGCUGAUAGACUGCAAGAAGCCAGUAAGACGCCUGAGGAAGCCCACAGACCUGAUAAAGAAGAUAAAAGAUCUGACAGAAAGAAGAAGAGUAAAAAAGAAAAGAAAAGCAAGAAGAAAAAAAAAAGAGAAAACGAAGCACAGAAGCAGAAGUGACUCUUCAGAUUCCGACUCUGAAAGCUUCAGUAAAAGGCGUAGAAAGGAUCCCCGGGACCACCAUGGUCCUAAUCCAUCAAGGAGCAGUCAGAGUGGAGCCGGAGCCCGUGACAGCCAUUCAAGAGGGGGGCUAAAGGCCGAGCACAGGACCCUGACCCCCCCUCACCAGCACCGCCGGCACGACACGGACUCGUCCUCUGAUGGACACCGCGCUGGUCGAGGCUCCCCGGCACAAAGCUACCGGCGGCGCCAUGAUAGCAGCUCAGACGACUGAUGCCCCGCUAUCCACACCUCCUCACCCUGAGAACGGAUCCAGUCGCCUCUUUGUCAGACUCUGGACAACUUAGGCCACAAGACAUGGCAGAAGUGUGUGUGUGCGUGUGUGUGUGUGUGUGUGUGUGGCAGACUGAUAAGGAUUUCUGGGUGCAUUACACUUAUCCUGUAAAUGUAGAGUAAAACACUGUCGUAUUUGGUGCGUACAGCACUCAUUCUGGACACAAAGUGCGACUGCAUUUCCUUUAGUAACUGUACUUUAUAAAACGGAUA